CUUAAAACCUGUGCUCAAUCCAUAUAUAACACUUAUUCCGAGACGGAGGUAGUCAAAGCCCAAGCCCAAGCCCUAAAUGACUGCGUUCUACUAUCACUUACGAGGGAAAAAGCAGAGAGUUAAAGAACUUUCCCGCCAAAUCGUCCACCCCCAAAACUCUUUCAUCACACACAACACCAACCACAACGAGGAAUCUGCGAAAUCGGAGAUGCUAAUACAGGUGAAGUGCAGUUGCGGAGAGAGGCAGUGCCCUGAAUGGGCGAUUGUGGAGCUUCAGGGCACCGUCGAAGCCCAGCCCUCUUUCCAAGACCGCAUCCAAAACCUCCAAAUCGGCCUUCUCUUGCGCCCUUCUACCGAGGAAAUUUACACACUUGUAGUGGGUUACCAUGAGCUGACCGGAUCAAAACAGAGAUUGAAAAAGCCUAUUUUAGUGUUGAAGAAGAUCGAGGGUGGGGAAAAUUCAGAUUCAAAAAGGGUGGAAUUAGACGUAAUUGGAGUUAUUCGCCACAAGAUUUUAUUCAAAACCAGGCCUAAAGCCAUUAUAUCAUCUAGACCUCAACCGGCUGCCAAAGGAAAAAACAGUGCCCAUGCUUCUUCUGUGCUCAACUAAUCCGGAAUCGAGCUAUGGUAGCAGCAAGCCUAAUGGAUUUUAAAUGUCCAAUGUUACUGGUAAAGACCUUUUGUAUAAGUUUGAAUAGUAAUGCCCAGUUAUAUUUUUUCGCUAAA